CUCUGCGCCGACACCAGCUUAUACAACUACUUGUAAAACCACGUGUACACGAAUCCUUUUUUUAAAACUUAGCAUUAUAAAUGCUUACAGUCCCUCGUAACUGGUUUAUUUAUGUCGCGUUAGCCAGCAAGCUAUUGCUAGCGGCGCGCGGAGCUCGUUACUGUAGCAACAGUAGCACAACUGCGCAGCCCGGUGGUUUAGCUUAGCUUAGCGCCGCAUGAGCGGAUUAAUAUCUCCUGCAAUUACCCUCACGUGUUGUUAGUUAGUCGCACGGCGUUUAAAAUGAUUUUCUUAUUAAAUAGUUGAAAUGUCUCUCUGGCGGCUGCCUGGCAUCCAAGAUGCACGUGGAAGUCACUUUUAAUUGACAAGCUUUGUUAGUAGCGUAUUGCGUUUUUAGGUGUCAUACCUUUAAAUAAAACAUGCCGAAAAUAUUUUCCCCCAAAGACAUAAGGAGCGGCUGUAUAUUUUUCCCUGUUUUUAGCAGAUGCAGUGCCGGUUUAAAAUGCACCUUUAAUCGGCAUCUUCAUCGCCUCCUUAUCGGUUUGGCCUCAUUUUGCUGGUGCCUUGGCAAGAAGUAUCACAUUUACCUGCGGUUUUUUUUCCUGCAGUUGCAAGCACUUAAUUUUUUUGCCUGACCCACGAACAGAAUUUUAAGCCUGAUUUUAAAUGGGGGUUCGGAUCUGCUAUUCGGAGCUGCUCCUGUGUGAUGCUGGGGAAUUUUAGUUCUACUUCACUAAACAGCCCGGAGCGCGACACCAGCCUUAAUCGGAGCAGCCUUCGCGAUCUCCGGCGUGUGCGUCGUUGUCCGCCGGCCUUUAGCAGGCGCUCUCCAAAGAUCCUUUCACUUGUUGACAUCUGGCAGAUAUUAACUGGGUUCCCCGGAGGGCUGAUGUCCUGAAUGGACAACACCGUGACCAGCAAGGUUAUCCCGUGCCCUUUGGUAGACUGCCGCCGGCUGCCUUAUUCGCAUGCCUAAACAGUCUACUUUUGCACGGUUUUCUUUCCGUCUCCCGAGAGCUCCAAAAACCGUUCUCUCCGUGGAGGUUGUUUCACUUCAGCUUUUUUGUGCACACGGGGUUAAACUGCUUGACAGGUUUUCAAGAUAAGUCUCCAUUAUUAGCACACUGCGAGUUUACUUUAGCCAACACUGACAGACUUCAAUUUUCCAAUAAAAGUCAGCUUGUAACGAAAUGGCUUGUCACUGUUUCGGAAAAUCCCGAUUGAUUAGUGUGCAAAUUAACGCGAGAAAGUGAUGGUUCUCCGUCUCUAAGUUAAUUUGCUUUCCCCAAAUAAGGCACCCCAACAAACUUUUGGCAAACGGAAAGACCUCUGCCACUCCAAGUCAACCCCGAUUUAAUAAACCCUAAUUACAAUAAAUUCAGUAAACGUCUAGAUUGAGCGCAGUAAACCGUGCCAUUUAAAUUAUCUUUAAAAUGCUUUAAAGAUAAUUUAAUAAUAUGGCAAGGGAACGUCUGCGAGAUCACUAAUCUUCUCCACCGUUACUGAAUGCGCAUUAAGCCAAAGCGUCUUUGGACAGGAGCAGGCGGUCAUAGAUCUGCAUUUAGGAGACCUCCUUGGAAAUAUGUGCCGCCCCAGCUUGUUAUUCAGCCCCCGCACGUUAGUUUCUAAUCGCCCGUAGCAGCUGGGCUGCCUGGUUGUUUGGGAAGCCGGGGCCGGGUCUUUCAAAGCUGCCGGUUUAGGCAGAACAUUUUCCCUUUACUUUAUGAGUAGGCUGCGAGGAACCGACUCCGCUCUGACUUUAAUAUAUUCGGUGACGCUGUAUGGAAAUUGAUGUUACGCUUUUAUCGCAUUAAAUAACCAGCUUGUUUUUGAUUAAUACUCUCAUAGAUGCAGGUUUGGUGUAAAUCUGUUGUUUCAUUUUAAGGCAUUCCUCCCCAAAUGCAGACUUCUGCUAUAAAGUUUAGGGUAAUGUUUAUUUCCUUGCGGAUAUAAUAAUGAUUUAUACAAUAUGUUCCGCUGGUUAUGGUCACCUGUCAACUUAAAAAUAUUAAUAUUAUUAUCUGCUACUACAGGAUUUAAGUUUGGCGGAGGGUGUCUGUUUCCUUCGUGUGGUUAUUUACCUUUGUCCUGAGAUGAUAUUUUGACGGAAGCCGUGUCAUUCGUGAGGUUUGAGGAGACUGAUAACGGGAAAUACCCGAGUAAUAAUAGAGAUUCAUUACACCAGUUAAGCACUUAAACGGCGUGCUUGUGAUGCAUGUGAGACUUCUGUACAGUUGUAGGCUUAUGAUCUGUAAGCUUGAACAAAAUGUAAAGGUGCGCCAGCUUCAGUUCGAGGCGCAUUUCGUAGAAUGUUGGGCUUUUCUUCGGAGGUAAGCGAAAGCAGCGCAUAAUUAUUGAGGACGAGCACGGUGGUGUCUGGGGUAUUAAAAGGCGUCGGGUUUCAUUGCGUUAAGUCUGGGCUCAGCCGAAUUGGACGCGGAUAGGAGGGGAGUUCGUGACCCUGCGGCCGCGGUACAGCAGCCAACCGUAAACCCGCUGCGUGUUAACGGGAACUUGGCCUGAAACUGCAGGGCGAUAAAACCGUGCAGGAGUCCACUGGCAGAUCGCAGUGAUGGUCAUGAUCUGGUAUUAGUUCGGUUUUAUUUUAAGUGAUAGUCCUCCCCCCCCCCCAACUGGAGCUAUAAUAAAACACAACGAGUCAGUAUUAGGGUGCAAUCUCAUGUAACGUGAGCUGAAGGUGAAAGUGGAGGGAGUAAGAAGAAACGCCAGUUCUGACUUCCAGAGGCUUUAAAGACCGCCGCCCGCUCGCAACCAAAGCCCUGCCGCGAUGCCAGAGGUGUGGGAUCUGGCAGGGGCUCUUCCGGAAGUGUCCGUGAACCCCAUAACUGGAGUCGGAGUGGUGGCCUCCCGCAAGCGCGCUCCAUUUGGCUACUGCGUGGUUUCACAAACAACAGAUGGCGUCCACGCAGACCUGUGGAAGGACUGCGUAUUCAAAUCCAAGGUCACACGUUACCUCUGUUACACCAGAGCCUUCUCCAAAGAAAACAGCCAUUUAGGGAAUGUUCUGGUCGACAUGAGGCUGAUCGAUGCGAAGGACACGUUGCCGGUGGGCUUCAUCGCCAUCCAGGAAACCGCAGACACUCAGGAGAGAACCUUCCGGAAGAGGAGGCUCUGCGUUAAGUUCAUCCCCCGUGACUCCACCGAGAUGGCCAUCUGUGAUGUCCAAGUCCUCGGGAAGUCCAGGGUGCCCCCCCCCCAGUAUACGUUCGUUGGAGAGCUGAACAGCAUACGAAUUUGGUACGGACUGGGAAAGGUCCCGAAGACACAUGAGACCAAGCACGAUCAUCCUGGUGGCGCGUGGAGAGAAAUGCAGGCCCCCGGCCCGUCCAGGCACUCCCUCACAACGCCCCCCGCCUGCUUUGGUGGGAAGACAGAGGCCUCACCCCCCACCCAGAAGCACUGCAUCAGCCUGUAUGCCACCUCAGCGAUGGACGGGGUGCCGUUCCUGAUCUCUGACAAGUACAUGCACGUCGCCGCCAGCACUCUGCAGCCAGCUGAUAUCCUGGGAACCGCGAUCAAGUCCCUGGCAGAGAUCGAGCAAGAAUAUGAGUACAGUUUCCACACUGAAGACGUCACCUUGGCAGGCCUGCCAAGCUCUGAGUGCUGAUCCAGUGGCCCUUGGGGAGCUGCUCACUGGAGGGAGAACAGACACUGUGUGUGUGUGUGUGUGUGUGUGUGUGUGUGUGUGUGUGUGUGUGUGUGUGUGUGUGUGUGUGUGUGUGUGUGUGUGUGUGUGUGUGUGUGUGUGUGUGUGUGUGUGUGUGUGUGUGUGUGUGUGUGUGUGUGUGUGUGUGCGCGCGUGCGUGCGUGCGUGCGUGCGUGCGUGUGUGCGUGUGUCCCGACCAUCACCGACACAGAAGCGUACUAUGUUUACGGAGGAGGAAUGGUAGGGUGAGACGCGCUCACCCCCUGAAGGAGGUGCAGAGCACUCGUAGCACGUCCUCCUCCUCAGUGCAGUAGGCUCUUGCGUCUCACGUUAAAAAGCCACAUCUGGGUGACGCACUGCUGCAGCUCGGCCCAGCAUCUGCACUCCGCCUGGUCUGGGCUGCUCUACAGGCAUGCGAGUCUCAGCUUCCAGAAACCAUGGGAACCAUCGCCAAGGAAACAAGCUGGCACACACCGAGGUGUGACGAUGCCUGGUGCCAUCCUGGGUCAGGUGAUGUGAGCCCCCGCCCAUAUUCCAGGUGUGUUUAGGGGUGACUGGUCAGCCGGUCAUGUUGAGCGCUUUCGGUCACCUGCAGCAUGAAUGUAUCACCUGGACUAUCAGAGGUUUGGUCCCCAGAACGUGCUCAGGAUGAGAUCCUAUCUGUCCUGGUCACAGUGGUUCACUCCAUAUGUUUUUUAGCAGUUUUUAAAACAAGAUACAUUUUAAUUUUGUUCUUUUGAAGUGUACUGCCUCUAUUUCACUGGGGUUUUAGAACGCAUGACCUUCUCUAUCUAUUGUAUAAUGACCUUACUGCUUGAACCGGAAGCCACCUGAGAACCAACAUGACCUGAGCAGAGUCUUGCUCUGGAUGUCACCAGCACUAGAACCAUUAGGUAACACUGUGGCGCCCCCUGCUGUUGGAAGGACCCUUUCAUACCUAUUUUGCAGUGGGUCUUGUUAUCCAGGUUGUGUUUAAACUCCUGUGCAAUAAGUGCUUUUCCUCUCACUCUCACGUGAACUGAAGCUAAAAUGAUAAGAGACGCAGCACAAUGGCCUGGACUCACAUGGAAGGACGGCAGUGUGUAAAGAGUGUUUACAGAAUCAGACAAAGUGUGUCCACCAAGAAGACAUGCUGUCCUGGUGCAAGAGGAAUGUUCUGCCUCAUUAACAAGAUGACCAUGGUUCUGUACAAAUCUGGAAUACAGUUCUGCCAUUACACUGUACAAACUUUCUUUGUGAAGCCUCAAUGCCCACACUGACGGCCAGGCUGACACUGGAAUACCCUGAAUCUGGUUUUGGGGUAAGAUCAAAUGUCUGUCUGGUUAAUGUCAUUCAAGCCUGUUGGUCUGUUUAUUUCGGUUUGUUUUCAUCAUGCACGGCAGAACGUGCACAGCUCAUUGGAAAACCUUACCAUUCCCUUAAUGCUCCAGCCGCAGGAGCUGGACCCGUCCGGAACCAAGCCUGUAUCCGUUCCAGUGAUCCAGUGAACUCAUUUCAAGCUGCUUGUCUAUAAUGUGUUGAUUUUGUUUUGAGAGAGCACACAUCACACUCUGUUAGGCGGUUACGUCAUUGCAUGAUAUCACAGAACCAUUAUGUGGGACCCUGUUCACAGAGGAACACCAGGGGGCAGUAUUUUAACCUGCAAGAAGGAGUCUGAUCUCAGUGUAUUUCUGCAAUGUAUUGCUAAAUGAAUGUUUCCGGAAUCUCUUUUUAAUAUGUUUUGCUGUCUGGCAUAUUUUCCCAGUACUGUUUUUGUUCCCUAAACCUGAGAGAGUGUCAGACAGGCUGCUGAUGCAUGUUCUUGCUGGAUGGCAAAUGGACCGGUACUGCGUGUCCUGGUCAGUUAUUCCUCUCCACACCGGCUCCAACCCCAGCUGCACGGGUCCCACAGCCCUUUGAAUCACGUUUUCUUUCCAGUCAUUUCCCUGUGCUCAUCUGUGGAAGGGUGAGCUGGCUGUUUAUACACUUGCCGGUUUCUGCCCGCAUUGAUAACGACGUAUCUGCAGCACAACUAAAACAGCCCAAGUAGGCUAGCGGAACCAGAUGCUGUAACAGAACCAAGUAGGCUAGCGGAACUGGGUGCUGUAGCAGAACCAAAUGGACUAGUGGAACCGGGUGCUGUAGUAGAGCUAGUCAAGCUUGCAGAACCGGGUACUGUAGCUGAACCAAGCAGGCUAGCGGAACUGGGUGCUGAUGUAGCAGAACCAAGUGGGCUAGCGGAACUGGGUACUGAUGUAGCAGAACCAAGUGGGCUAGCGGAACUGGGUACUGAUGUAGCAGAACCAAGUGGGCUAGCGGAACUGGGUGCUGUAGCAGAACCAAGCAGGCUAGCAGAAGCCGCAGUCAGGGAUCCGCCCCAACAGUUAGUAAAGCCCAUUUCCAUCUUUUCCCAGAGCUGCUUAAUGUAAAGCAGGCUGGUGUGAUGUUUAGUUUGGAGGGGGGGGGGCUUCCAUUCACUCUGCUUUCUUUAGCCCACCCCUUCCACCCGCGUAAGAAAAUAAACAUUCGGGCUGCACCUUCAUGUUAAAACCUGGAGCACGAAUUGAGGGAUUGUGAUCAAAGUAAAUUGUCGGCUAUAACGGUCUGUGUUAAUUUCCAUAAAAAUGAUUUAUUAAUAAUUUAUUAAUAGUUUUUAAUGCUCACAGAUUCAUGGGCACUUUGUGGGGUGGGGUUUCUCUGUGUACCUAGAGUAACAUUCCCUGUGAUUUUUUCGCAUUAUUGCAGUGGACUGGAACUGGUAAUCUUUCAGGCAGCACACAAGCUUUUCAUCACAGACUCCACCUGUACACUUGUUUGUUAAUCGUGUUCAUUUUGAUUGCUUGUUCUCAGUCCAGUGAGUGGCUACACUUACCUGAAAUAUCCCAACAAAUGCGGAUCAGGUUGGUAUUUUGCAAUGCGGUCUGUCUGUCAAGUUACCGAAUGGACAUGAGCAUCCCCGAGCCCCCAGCGGGAGAGGAGAGGAGAGGAGAGGAGAGGAGAGGAGAGGAGAGGAGAGGAGAGGAGAGGAGUGGAGUGGAGUGGAGUGGAGAGGAGAGGUGCCUGGCUCCUGAGAGAGACCCACCCUCAUCAUUGCUGUAGGUGGAGACACUUACAACCAUGCAGACCAGAGGUGUUAGCGCAAGCUAGGCACGUUCACAGUGAAGUUUGGGUGUAAAAUAUUUUCUCAACUUUUAGUGCAUUUUCGUAAUAUAUUUUUCUAUUUACCUUCAAUUUUGAUUAUUUUAUUUUUUUUGACAAUAAGGGUGAAUUUUUAAUGUUGUGAUUUUCACUGCAGUUUCUGCUGAUGCAUUAAACUUUUCUUUGACAGAAA